AUGGUAUAUUUCAUAUCCUACCCAGUCCUUGAACCCUUGCCAGUCCUUGAACCCUACCAAGUCCUUGAACCCAACCUAGUCCUAGAACCCAACCCAGUCCUUGAACCUAAUCCAGUCCUUGAACCCUACCCAGUCCUUGAACCCUACCCAGUCCUUGAACCUAGCCCAGUCCUUGAGCACUACCCAGUCCUUGAACCCAACACAGUCCUUGAACCCAGCCUAGUCCUUGAACCCAAUCCAGUCCUUGAACCCUACUCAGUCCUUGAACCCUACCCAGUCCUUGAACCCAACCCAGUCCUUGAACACUACCCAGUCCUUGAACCCUACUCAGUCCUUGAACCCAGCCAAGUCCUUGAACCCUACCCAGUCCUUGAACCCAACACAGUCCUUGAACCCAGCCAAGUCCUUAAACCCCACCCAGUCCUAGAACCCAAACCAGUCCUUGAACACUACCCAGUCCUUGAACCCAACCCAGUCCUAGAGCCCAAACAAGUCCUUGAACACUACCCAGUCCUUGAACCCAACCCAGUCCUUGAACCCAGCCCAGUCCUUGAACCCCACCAAGUCCUUGAACCCAGCCCAGUCCUUGCACCCAACCCAGUCCUUGAACCCUACCCAGUCCUUGAACACUGCCCAGUCCUUGAACCCAACCCAGUCCUUGAACCCAACCCUGUCCUUGAACCCAACCCAGUCCUUGAACCCAGCCCAGUCCUUGAACCCAACCAAGUCCUUGAACCCAGCCCAGUCCUUGCACCCAACCCAGUCCUUGAACCUAGCCCAGUCCUUGAGCACUACCCAGUCCUUGAACCCAACCCAGUCCUUGAACCCAGCCUAGUCCUUGAACCCAAUCCAGUCCUUGAACCCUACUCAGUCCUUGAACCCUACCCAGUCCUUGAACCCAACACAGUCCUUGAACACUACCCAGUCCUUGAACCCUACUCAGUCCUUGAACCCAGCCAAGUCCUUGAACCCUACCCAGUCCUUGAACCCAACACAGUCCUUGAACCCAGCCAAGUCCUUAAACCCCACCCAGUCCUAGAACCCAAACCAGUCCUUGAACACUACCCAGUCCUUGAACCCAACCCAGUCCUAGAGCCCAAACAAGUCCUUGAACACUACCCAGUCCUUGAACCCAACCCAGUCCUUGAACCCAGCCCAGUCCUUGAACCCCACCAAGUCCUUGAACCCAGCCCAGUCCUUGCACCCAACCCAGUCCUUGAACCCUACCCAGUCCUUGAACACUGCCCAGUCCUUGAACCCAACCCAGUCCUUGAACCCAACCCAGUCCUUGAACCCAACCCAGUCCUUGAACCCAGCCCAGUCCUUGAACCCAACCAAGUCCUUGAACCCAGCCCAGUCCUUGCACCCAACCCAGUCCUUGAACCCUACCCAGUCCUUGAACCCAACCCAGUCCUUGAACCCAGUCCAGUCCUUGAACCCAACCCAGUCCUUGAACACUACCCAGUCCUUGAACCCAACCCAGUCCUUGAACCCAACACAGUCCUUGAACCCAACCCAGUCCUUGAACCCAACCCAGUCCUUGAACCCUAA